AUGGCGGACAGGGAUCGUGGGAGAAAUGGACGCGAGGGGAGUCGAGAGACGUCAGGGCUCAAAGGUUCUCGAUGCUGCUUUAGUAAUUCAUGCUGCUUUGCGAUUUCUCUUGCAGUUUGGGAAUCUUCCCACUUUCCUCGACUGAAGCACUUCAACUUCAUUCCUCCACAUCUGUUAGCACCCAAUACUUCGGCAACGCUACUCUGCAGCAUCAGUCAGCAGCUUCCCAGACAGCUAGUUCGCCCGGCAAUAUGCGGAAACGAUCCCUCAUGCGGUGGUUGCCCUGAUGUUGACAAUGCGGCAAUGUCAAAUGCGCCGAACAUUAACGUGCCCAUUUACUUGCCGGCAAAGCAGCCAUGA